AUGGGCAAUCGGGAUUUGCCCACGGAUGUAUUGGUGGAGAUCCUGCUCCGGCUCCCUCCGAGCUCGCGGCGCCGCGCCCGCCUCGUCUGCAGGCUGUGGCGCGACAUCAUCGGCGAACGUGCCACGGAUAGUUCGCAGGCUGUGGCCCUCCUGUGGGGCAUCAGCUCCGGCGUCGCCUACACCGUCGACGACCUCUCGUCGUCCUCGACGGGGAGACGCAGGGAGCUGUGGAGGAGCCCUAGCGGCCGCCCUGUUACGACUAACUUGCACAACGACUGGCAGCUGGUCGGCACGUGCAAUGGCCUGCUCUGUAUAUGCCACAACGGUGGCGCGACGAUCGGCGGCGAGAUCACCCUGGUCAACCCAGCAACGAGCGAGACGUUGCCCGUCCCCCCACUGCCAUGCAAUGGCCAUUUCCGCCGGGAGCGGCUCUGCAGGCGGGACUUCGACGGGGUCUACGAGUACGACGCCGUGCACGUUCUCACGCUUGGGGACGGCGCAUGGCGGGAGGCUCCGGCCCCCGGCGGCGCGAGGUGCAACCUCAACGCCGGCAUUGUCAGCAUCGACGGUGUGACGUACUGGGUCACGGGGCAUGAUCACAGCGCAAAGAUUUUCUCGUUCGACCUCGACAACGAGCACGUCGCCGCCUCCACCAUGUCGUUGCCCUAUAUGCCGGCUAGACACGGUGGCUACGACUACAACCUGACGGAUGUGCACGGGAGGUUGGGAGUCAUCUUCCUCAACCCGUCGGGGAAGACGGAAGCAUGGGUUUGGCAUGAGGAGGUGGGGAUGUGGACUCCAGUGGCCAUCCUCACUUGUGCAUGCCAAGAGAUCCCACGGCGAGUACUUCUUGAUGUGCCAGGGGCAGCUGUUGUAUUCGUACCUACGGGAUGGCACAUUGUUGCCGUCCGGCUUGAGGAUGGUGUCCAACUACGUGAAUGUAAUUCGGAGGGAUAA